CGAAUUUAUUAAAGAUUGGUUUUAUUUAAUUCCCAAAAAACAAUGAAGGUAGCAACGAAAAAAGUCAAGUCCCUGGACAAAACAAAGCCAAAAAAGGGUGUCAUGAAGAAAAAGCCGCAGUCAGAAGAGCCAAAGUUGCCAAAGGCAACAAAAAAAACAGUAAAAGAAAAGAGCGCCGCCGCAACAAGCAAAGAUGAGAAGCGUCCAAAGAAGAAGGCGGCGAAAACGUUGAAAAAACAGGAUUUGGAAGGUCUUAAGGAUAUAGAUCCCGAGUUCUAUGAUUUUCUGAAAAAGAACGAUAAGGAAUUGCUCGAGUUUAAUCUCAUGGACAGUGAUGAUGACGAUGAGGAGGUAGCUGAUGCAGCUGAACAAAAGGAAGCUGGGGACAGCGAGGAGGAUGAUGGGAAAUAUCACAAGCCCAGCGAUGAUCUGGCCGUGGCCAGCGAUGAGAGCGACUUUGAGGGCGACGAGGAUGACGACGCAGCAACUGCGGGUGGCGCACAAAAAAUAACACUUAACAUGCUGCGCCAAUGGGAACUGCAGCUGACCAAGCCCAAUGUGUCAAUUGAAGCAGUGCGUCAGGUUAUACAAGCCUUCAACUCCGCGUUGGCCAGCAUUAGUGCCGAUGCCGAGGGUGAACAGGCCAAUGCCGGCACCUACAAAGUUGUUGGCGCCGCCACCUUCAACGGCGUCAUCCAGCUGUGCGUGCUCCAUUUGCAGCCAGCCAUAAUCCGUGUGCUGGGCGUCAAGCCCAACAGCAGCAUGCCGCUGCACAAGCACAAGAAGUGGGUAAAGGUGCGUGGCUGCCUGCGCUACUAUCUGGGCGACUUGAUACGCCUUGUGGAGCAGGUGUCCAGCUCGAAUAUACUUAAUGUGCUGCUCAAGCAUUUGCAUCAAAUGGCCGGCAUGGUCGCGCCAUUUACCGCGUUGGGUAAGACCAUCCUCAAGCGUCUGAUUGUGCUGUGGGCCACGGGAGAUGAAACGGUGCGCGUGCUGGCUUUUUUGUGCAUACUGAAAAUCACACGAAAACAGCAGGCCACCAUGUUGAAUCAUGUGCUGAAGGCCAUGUAUCUGGCGUAUGUGCGCAACUCCAAGUUCGUUUCGCCCAGCACGUUGCCGGGCAUCAAUUUUAUGCGCCGCUCGCUUGUGGAGAUGUUCGCCCUGGACCUGAACGUUAGCUAUCAGCAUGCCUUUCUCUACAUACGUCAGCUGGCCAUACAUCUGCGCAAUGCGGUCAUUUUAAAGAAGAAGGACAGCUUCCAGGCGGUCUACAAUUGGCAGUUUAUCAAUUCGUUGCGCUUGUGGUCGGAUUUGCUUGGCGCGACGACAAACAAACCGCAAUUGCAGCCGCUGGUUUAUCCACUGGUGACCAUCGCCACCGGCGUCAUUCGACUCAUACCGACAGCGCAGUAUUUUCCGCUACGUUUCCAUUGCCUUCAAGCGCUCAUCUCGCUGGCCAAGGAGACGCACACGUACGUGCCAAUCCUGCCGCUCAUUGUCGAGGUGCUGCGCAGCAAUACCUUCAAUCGGAAGCACACAUCGGUGUCCAUGAAGCCGCUGCAAUUUACGUGCAUCUUGCGUCUGAACAAGUCGCAGCUGGCGGAGAACGGAUUCCGCGAUGAGGUCGUCGAGCAGGUGUGCGGCCUGCUGUUGGAGUAUCUGGCGCAUGAGUCGGCCACGCUGGCGUUUAGCGAUCUGGUGGUGCCUGUGGUGAUGGCCAUUAAGGCCUACCUCAAGGAGUGCCGCAAUGCCAACUAUGUGCGCAAGCUGAAACAGCUGCUGGAGAAGAUUCAGGAGAGCAGCCGUUUCAUUGAGCAGCAGCGCAGCAAGAGCAGCGUCACCUUUGACCUGAAGGAUGCACAGGCGGUGCAGGCCUGGGAGCAGCAGGUGCGCAAUAAGCGCACACCAUUGGACAUCUACUAUGCCAGCUGGCUGAAGACGCACGAGACCAAGAAGCGACGCCAGGCGGCCCAAACAGAUGACAUCAAUGCGGACUACGAUGUGCCCAAACUGAAGCGACCGGCGGCCAAGACGGGCGUGACGGUACGUAAUGAAGACGGCGAACUGGAGCUGUUCCCAUCGGACUCGGAAGACGAUGAUGCAGCGGGCAUACCCCAUGACGACGACGACGACGAUGACGAUGAAGAAGAAGCAGUGCCGCCGCAGCCCAAGAAGCCCAAACACAAGCAGGACAAUGAGCCGCGUUUAGAGCCAAAGCAGGCGGUGCCCGCAGAACCCGCUGCAGAUGAUUACGAUGAAGCCGCCACGGCUGUGGAUAUUGUAAAGGAUUUAGAUUUGAAUGAUUGGUGAACUACCGCAUAAAGUUAAACUAGUAAUACGUACAUAUAUUAACAAAUAAA